AUGAUGCGUAAUUCGGGUAGCGGUCACCCGCACGGGCAUGCUGGUAACACACACAAAGGCGACAAGCGCGCGUCAACGCUUGCGCGCGUCAACGAGGAGCGUUUGGCCUACGCUAUCUCGUGCCUGGUGGGCAAGGACGUUGUCGUGCACAUGAACGGCGGCCGCAUCAUGAAGGGCACCUUCCACUCGUGUGACCCCGUGCCGCGCCCGACCAAGGCCUAUGACAUUGCUUUGCGCCAUGCGCGUGCCGUCCAGAACAAGAGCGAAGACAGCGGUUCUGGCAGGCAGUACGUGGUCUUCGGCACGGACUACCAGUACGUGGUGGCCAGCGGCGUGUCGAUGGGCCCCUCCGCCAAGGAGUCGAAGUCCGCGAACGCCGCGUCCGCUCCGCCGGCGGGCGAGGGCGGCGCUUCGAACAAGCGCUCGGGCUCCGGCAAGUUCAAGACCGACACUGAGAUUUCCGGCUCCAAGGGCCAGCGCCACAGCGACAAGCUCGUGGAAUGGGCGUCCGAGGCGCCCGUCGCCGACAAUCAGCUGUACGUGCUGGAGGCCCAGCGCAAGACCGAGUGGGACCAGUUCGAGUCCAACCGCAAGGACUUCGGCGUGGAGAGCACCUACGACGAGAGCCUGUACACCACCGAGCUUAACAUGGACGACGUGCCGCAGCGCAUCCAGGACCAGGCGACGAGGCUUGCGUCGGAGAUCCUGGGCAGCAGCGGCGAAGGCGGCUACUCGCAGCUGGAGAGCUACCUCGAGCAGGAUGAGGACGCCGUGAACAACGCCGUGACGGAGCAGAUCGUCAAGAAGGCGCUGGCGCGCAACUCCCGUGAGGAGAGGCGAGAGGAGAAGCGCGAGGAGAAACGGGAGGACCGGCGUGAAGACAAGCGGGAGGAGAAAUAUUCACAGGGUAACAAGGGCAAGACCCGCUCUUCUGGUGGAGACGGCGCUGCGGGCGGCCACAACUCACGCCCCGCGUCGUCCAGUCGCGUCAUGUCGUACAAGGAUAUCAUAGCCAACAGCUCGACCUCCCCGUCUCAGUCGCAGAAGGGUGCGGCCACGCAGGACAACACCCCGCAGCAGGGCGGCCACGGGAAGGGCGCCGGUCACGAGCGUGACUCAGCGCAGCACACGGUACGUUUCCGUGACGCAUUUCCCGCAACUGUCUUUCAGCAAACCUCCACCGCUCGCUCUGAUGUAAAUCGCGGCCGCGCGGCGAACGUCGAAGCGCGCGGCGGCGAGCAUGGUGCUGAGGAGUCACGCAAGGGCGAGCGUGGCGGCGCGUCGCACCCUCAGAAAGCCGAGGAACGCGCCGCUGCCAAGCCUGCGGUUGAAACCAAACCGGCCUCCCCCGCUUCCCAGACGAGCGGGACCAUCAAGAAGACGUUCACAUUCAACCCGAACGCCUCCAGUUUCACCCCGUUUUCGGCUGCUCACAUUGCCGUGCGCCUAGCAUCCCCGUCGCGUCGCUCGGGCUCCCGCUCUCCCAUGAGGCAGGCCCAGGGCCCUCAGAAGGCUGGAUACCCCGUGCUGGACGUAUCUGCCUACACCGUGCUGACCUGGCCGCUGACCGACUAUGGGCUCGAGGACGGUUGGCAGAACUGCAGCGACGUUACGUACCGUAGCGUCAUCGGCGACCUGAGCCAGUAUUAUGCCGCUCCCGGCAUCGUAGCUAUGCGUCCUCAGCACCCUAUGGUCGCCUCAGCAGGCAUGACCACGGUCCUGUUGCCGCAGGCCGGGCCGGUCACGUACCCCGCCUACCAGCUCGGAGGGAUACCCGUCAACAUGGUUCCCUACAACCGGCAGGUUACCCCCAAGUUCUUUGCGCGGCAGGCGCAGCAGCCCAUGCAGCCGAUUGUGCCUGCACGGAGGCCAAUGAACGGCGCCACGACGCCUUCCAUUGGACAUGCGCAGCCGCAGGUGAAGCCCAAGCUAUGA